UAGAAAGAAAAAAAUUAACAUUUAUUGUGAUUCAAUUAAUUUACAGUAUAGAUCAGUUGGACUGCAUUAUACCACUAAUUAAUUGUACCGAUAUUACAAUUCCAUUUCUUCCUAAGUACUCAAAAUAAAGUACGUGUAUAAACGAAAUCCAUAGGAAGUGGUUGGAAAAUAUAUAUUACCUAUAAAAUUUUGCCUCUCUUAAAUUGCGCGACAUUACAUGUCAAGUACGUUAUCACGAGAACAGUUAACUGUAUAUUAAUCGACAAAACUAAGUUUACGAUACUACCGAAACAACGUCGUACCUGAGCGAAACCAACUUAGUCUUUGGAUUGAGGUAGAAUUACAUGGACACGAUUUAAGCACGCGAUCACACGCAAUCGAGAUCGGUAGAAGCAUCGCAACGCCGACGCCGACGCCGUUUUACCAAUGCCGACAUCGAGGUCGGCGUCGUCGGUGGUUCAGUGAAGGCCAGCCAUUCGCCCGCGUCGAACGCGUAUCCAAACCUAACCUCGUCGGGUGCUAAGAGGCCCUGGAGAAACUGUAUCGCCGCCAGCCAUCCUCCGUCCAACGGCCGUUAUCGUUGAUAUUCGUCAUCUUAUUGCUAAGUCAAGAUGUCACGGCCAUUGCCUAAAAAUAUUUCUCAAUUAUCAGCAAGAGGACAGAUGGAGAGGCGGCGACCACCGUUUCUCAGAGGCCCUAGUAGAAUGAGAGAGAAGAUAGAGAAAGGCAUAGGCAGUAAAAUGGAUUCUACAGGAAGUACACUAAGUGGAACUGGAGAUUGUUUAAGUGAAGAAGAUCUUUCACCAGAUGCAUUGGUUAGACAAAACUAUGAAUUACGUCAUCGUCUUGAAGAAGAAGCAGCCAAUUAUAAAAGACGUUUGGAUACAUAUAGACAAGCACAACAACACCAGGCUGCUCUUGUUUCUCGUUUACAAGCCAAAGUAUUGCAAUAUAAACAAAAAUGUUCAGAAUUAGAAAAUCAAAUGGCAGAAUCUAUAGUAUAUGAUUCUAAUAAAGUUGUAAGUUCUGCACCUCCAACAACUUCUGUUUUAGAUGCAGCCCAUCAAACACUAAGAGAAAUACGUGAAGAACAAAUAUAUGAUUUAGAUACUGCCCUAAAAAAAUUAAGUGAAGAACGUAAAAGAUGUGAAAAAUUGCUGCAAUUAAAUACAACAUUGAAAGAUCAGUUAGAAGAAUCUCAUCAAACAAAUGAAGCACUUACAAAUGAUCUACAAAAAUUAAGCAAUGAUUGGGAUAUUUUAAGAGAAGAAUUAGCUAUCAAAGAAGAAGAAUGGAGAGAAGAAGAGCAAGCUUUUAAUGAUUAUUAUACUUCAGAACAUAACAGAUUAUUAAUUCUUUGGCGCGAUGUUGUUUCUGUAAAACGAUUAUUUGCAGAGAUAAAAUCUAGUACAGAAAGGGAUCUAUUAAAAAUGAAAAAUAACAUUAUUUCUACUUUUAAUGAUGUUUCGUCAGCUUGUAAUAAUACAGGAUUUGCUAUGAGAAUGCAAGCAGCUAUGCAUCCAAUGAUAUCUCAACAAGUUCAACAGGCACAAGAACAGAUAACAACUGAUUUAAAAACAGAAUUAAUAACACUUAAACAACAGUAUGAUAUAGCUCAAAAUGAAAUUCGUAUAAAGGAAGAAAAAAUCAAUCAACUCAUUCGUGAUGUUCACAGUUUGGAAGAAAGAUGUGGAGAAGCAGAAACGGAAAUUCAUCGCAAUACACGUUUACAAGAUGAUAUAGAAAUUUUACAAUCUGCAUUGAGAGAUAUAGCACAUGCUGUAAUUCAAGAUGCAGAAAGUCGCGAAAUUGAAUCUACUCAAGCACCUCCUCAUCUUCAUUUAUCACCUACUGGACCAAUUCCUCAAAAAUCACCGAAAAGAGGUACAAGAAGCAACACCAUUCCAGCUUUUGCUGAAAGUACUAUAAGUGCUGUACAAGCGGCUCUCCAUAAAUAUCAAUUGACUAUACAUGAACUUCAGGUGAAAUUGCAAACUAAUAAAGAACAACUACAAAAUACUCGUAAACAAUGCGAAAAUGCGGAAGAGAAUGUUAAAACUUUAGAGAAAAAAGCGGAAGAACUGAUUAUUGAAUUAGAUGCAGUUCGAUUACACUGUUCACAACUUAAUCAAGAAAAAGAUAUGUUACAAAAAGGACUUGAUACUAUAAGAAUAGAAAAAAAUGCUCUUGAAAAAACCAGGAUAGAACUUAAUAAUAUGAUGGAGAAUUUAAACAAUGAUUGCGAAAAAUUGCAAAAAGCUAACAACAAAUUACAAAAAAUUUGCGACAAUCUAGAAGAUGAAAAAUUAUAUCUUCAAAGUGAACUCAAUAGAUUAUCUAAAGAUGUAGAAUUGAGGGAAUUAAAUUUGCGUUCAGAAGAAGAUAGAUGCAGUAAAAUGAGAGAGGAAUUACUAACUUUACGUGAAGAAUUGAAUAAAACGUAUCUCAGUAAAGAUAUGUUAGAACAACAAAAAUUAGAAACAGAUGGAUUAAUUUCACAAAUUGAAAAAAACAAAGGUGAUUUAGAAUUAGAAUUGGAACGUGUAUUAUUAGAAAAAUCAGACGUGCAAGAAGUUUUAAUGAAACUAGAAACAGUUUGCAGCAAUCACGAACAAGAGAAACAGCGAUUACAAGAAGAAUUAAAAAAGGUAACAGAAGAAAAAAAUAAAUUAGCAAGUCAAUGUACGGAUCAACAAGGUGAUCUGGGUUCCUUAAGAAAAGAAUUACUUCAAGCAGAACAAACUAGACUUGAUUUAGAAUCAGAAAAAGUAACUUUGAAUGAAAAAGUGAAAUUUCUGGAGAUCGAAAAAGAGAAGAUUGAAAUAGAAUUGGCACAAGUUACACGCGAACGUGGAGAUUUCAAUAAUCAAUUAUCAGUUUUAGCACGAAAGAAAGAAACAUUAAAUGAAGAAUUGAUGAGACUCAAACAAAGAUUAGAACAGGCAAAUGAAAUGAAUGGAAGAAUAAAUCGGAAUUUAGAAGAUCUUGUAAAAGAUAAUGAAGAAAAACAAGUUCUCUUAGAAACUAAUGAAAAGGAAGUACAAAGAUUACAAGAGCAACUUGCUUCAAUGCGUAGUGAAAAAGAAACAUUAGAAGGUGUUUUAUUUGAUACACAAACUAGUCUAGAAAAUAUGCACGUGAAAAAGACUCAAUUAGAAAAGGAACAGAAAGAGCUUUUAAUAAAACAAGAAAGCUUAAAAGGACAAGUAGAAAGAUUAAUGAAAGAUCUGGAGAAUAGCGAAAAACGAAUUCAUGAAGUAAAGCAAACUUUAACGCAACAAAGUGGCGAUCAAGAAGCCGAAUUUCAACAAAUUAUUUCUAACGUGAAAAAACAUAGUGAAGAAAACAUAAAAAAAUUAAAUGAAGAAAAAGAACAAAUAAAGAUAAAUUUAGAGAAACGACUUCAGCAAUCUCUCUUGCAAGUUACUGGAGAAAAAGAUAAUGAAAUAAAUCAAUUGCAGCAAAGAAUAGAUGAAAUGCAACAACAUAUAGAAAAUUUGUGUCAGCAACAUGAAGAAGUUCUUCUUAGAGCAGAAAAUGAUAAACAGCAAGCUCUUCUUAUAGCUCACCAUGAUCAGCAAGCAUUAAUGGAAAAACUUGAAACUGUUUUGCAUGAAAUGGAAGAAGAAAAAAAUAAUGUAGAACGAGUCAAACGAGAAGCUGCAGUAAAAACUGAACAAGAGCGUAACAAUAUAAAUCAAUUACGUGAUGAAUUAAAUCGUCUUAAAACAAAAUUAGAUGAAACUAGAUUAAAAACUGAUGAAGAAAAAAUAAAACUUGAUCUAAAAAUAGAAGAACUCUGGAAAGAACGUGAAUUAGCACAAAGAGAAUCUGAAGAAUUGCAAGUUCAAUUACAUAUGACAGAAGAUAAAGUUGAUAGUUUACAAAAUCAAUUGCAUGAAACUAUUAGAAAACUUAAAGAUGCCGAAAAUCUUAACGAAACAUUACGCAAAGAAUUAGUAGAUAUUAGAAGACAAUUAGGUGAUUCCACGUAUGAAAAAGAAAAAUAUAAUAGUAGUAAUAAAGAAUUACGCGAGCAUGUAAAACGCAUUGAAAGUGAAAAAAGAGAACAAAAUAGAAUAUUAGAAGAAUCAUAUCAAAAAAUUUCAGCACUGGAAGAUAUGAAAGUAAAUGUAGAUGCAGAGAGAUCUCGUCUUCAAGCACAAAUUCGUGAUAUGGAGAAAGAAAUAUUGCAAUUACAAAAACAACUUCAUUUUACUCAAGAUGAAUUACAAAAAUCACAUCAAAGUAAUGCUCAAGCACAAAAUGAUGAAAAAGAAUUGCAAGCUCGAUUAACUAACGAAACAGAAGAAAGAGAACGUUUACAAUUACAGUUACAUCAAGUAAAAAAACAGUUAAUGGAUGUUGACAAUAGUCUAAAAGUAACAAGACAAGAACUUGGAAGAUUGCGAUCACGUGCAGAUGAAGAGAAUGAACGGUGGAGAGUUAGAGAACAAGAAUUAGUAGUUCGUCUUGAGGAUAGUCGAUGUCGUGAAAGAAAACUCGAGGAUCAAAAACAUAACUUAGAAGUUUGUUUAACUGAUGCUUCUCAACAAAUUCAAGAACUGAAGGCACGUCUUGGAGGUUCCGAAGGACGAGUUCGAGCUUUAGAUGCACAAUUAUCGCAAUUAGAAAUAGCAAAAAAAGAAAUCGAACAAAAAUUAAAUAGUGUGGGAUCGACUUUACGUCGAAUUGCAGGUAUUCAAAUGGAUGGAAGUGUUAAUAUACCCUUUAAAUUAUUGAGUCCAUCAAGAAGAUGGAGUCCAGCAAGAGCUCAAGAUCAUAUUGAUUCUAGUAGAGAUGUGAUUCUUGAUGUUGAUCCUGAGAUUAUUAGAAAAGGUGUACGAUCUCUUAUGCAACAAGUAGCACAAAUCGAACGUGAAAGAGAUGAUUAUAAAACUGAAUUAUGUAAUUUGAAGAAACAAUUGGAUGAAAAUCAAGAGAUUCAAAAUAGAUCUGAUUUACAAAUAAACACUUUAUUAACAAAUAUAAGAAUGCUUCAGGAUGAAAAGAAUUCAUUAGAGGUAAAACUUUCUCAAAAACAAAGUGGCUAUGAAAUGCAGUUAAAUGCUUUACAACUAAAGUCAGAAGAAUGCGAGCAAUUACGCGAGAAGAUUAUCAAUCUUGAAUUAAUGAUUAGUAAUAAUUCUGAAGAAAAAAUGCAAUUUGAGGAAAAGCUAGAUAAAUUAAAACAAGUUUUAAACAAAGUAGAAAAUGAAAAACGUAAUUUACAAGAAGAACUUAGUAAAAGCGAAUCUCGUGCUACGAAAUUAGAAUUACAAAGGAUGUCAUUAGAAGGUGACCUUCAAAGAUUGCAAAUGAUGUUCCAAGAAAAAGAUGCAAAUAUUCAUAAAUUACAAGAACGAAAUGAUACACAAAAUCGAACAAUGACAACUUUAGAAGAACGUUGUGCUUCAUUGAAAUCUAUGGUAGAACAAUUAAAUCUUGCAUUGGAAAAGGCAUCUACUACAGAAAAUGAAUUAAAGAAUGAAAUUAAUUCAAUGCAGCAUAAUAUUAUGGAAUUAACAACUACUUUGCAAACUUCUAAUGAAAAGAAUAAGCAGUUACAAAAACAAAUUUCAAAUGCUGAAAAUGAACGUAGAAUUUUAUCUGAACGUAUAGAAUCGAUGCAACAAUCUUUAAAUGAUCUUAAACAUACAAAUCAAACAUUAACAGAUCAAAUUACACGUCUUCAAAAUGAAUUGGCAAAUAACGAAGUACAACGUUGUGCUUUAGAAUCUCAAUUAAGAAUAGUUACCUAUCCAAUACAGGAAGAAAAUACAAACAAGGAUGAAGAAUUAUUACGACAAUUACAAAUAGCACAAAGAGAGAGAAGUGAAAUGAGAGGAAAAAUGGAAGCACUUAAUGAUAAAAUGAAAUUAUUGGAAGCUGAUAAACGUAAUUUAGAACGACAACUAUCGUUAUUUAAAUCAACUAAUCGUAGCAAAAGUUAUGAACGUUAUGAAAAAGCACAUACAGAAUUAUUAGGCACAAGUUUCGAUAUAGAUCAUUAUGAACAAGAAAAUAGAGAAUUAAGAUUGAAAGUUCGUAGAUUAGAAACACAACUUGCAGAGAAGGAAGCUGAACUUAUAAGAUUGAAAUCAAGUUACACUCAUACACAUUCCGUAUUUGAUUUUAAUCGAGAUAGAACGGGCGAAAUUGAAAGACUUAGAGCAGCUCAAUUACAAGCUGAAAAAUUGUUAGAAGCAAGAGAACAAAGUCAUCGUCAACAAGUUUUGCGUUUGGAAAAUCAGAUACAAUUAUUACGCGAGCAACUUAAUCAAGAAAUAAAACGUCGACAAUUAUAUGUUUUACGAAGUUCAAGGGCAGGUAGAGAAAUGCAACAAUUAAGACAAGCCUUAGGCGAUUCUUUAAGAACUGUAGCACAAGAUCCAUCAUUAGACGCAGUAUUAUUAGAACAUGAAGCUCGAAAAUUGGAUUCUACUUUGACAAGUACUACCAGUUUACCGCCAUCAUUAGCUUUACCUCCGCCACCGUCUUAUGAUAGAUCUUCCUCGCCAGCACAACUCAAAUGAAUUAUAUAAUAUUGUUUCAGACUGAAUCAAAUGUGGUAACUGCCAAUGUAUGUUCAAUGAUACAAAAUAAGUAGUAUAUAAUAGUUCUUCCAUAUAUGGGAACAUAAAUUAAUUAUUAUAUUAACUUUAAUCACGUACUUGAAAUUCAUUAUAAUAAGUUAUUUCAAGACCACUAAUUGAUAUAGUAUUUUAAUAAUGUGUAGCAUUUUAGUAUUUUGCAACUUUUACAUACAAAUUUUUCAUACAAAUUUGAACUGAUUAUUUAGAAAUUUAUUCCAUAUUUUAAAUUGUAAUGUAUAUUUAUUAUAAUACUUAUAAUAUUUAUUAUAGUAUUUAAUAAUAUUCUAGAUACUUCUCCAAAUUAUUCUGAUAUCAAAAUAAUUUUAUUAUCUUUCUUUUUUCAUUUUUAUUAUGUUAUAUAAUAUUAUCAUGGUUUAUAAUAUGAAUUAUACAAAAUUUUAUAAAAAUGAAAGUUCAUGAUAGAAAAUCAUUCCUAAGCUGUCCACAAAUUACAAUAAUUUUAACCUUGAUUAUAAUUUAUAUAUAUAUUUAUUAAUAAGUUAUAUAUUUGUAAUUUAUCAUAAUAUUAUAUUAUAUUAUUAUUUCAAAAAUAUAUAUUUGAAUUAUUAAAUAUACUUAUGAUAUAUAUGAUAUAAUGGAAAGCACUUUCAAAGUAUAAGAUAAAAAUAAUGCUAUCUUUAGUCUUGUCUCGAGACCAAAGAGAAUCACCAAACAAAAGCAUUGUAGAGAUAUGCUUCUGAUGAUUUCAUAGAUAUUGAAAUUUAACACAACAUAGAAUGUAGAUAAUAUUGUUAUAAAAAAUACUAAAAAUAACAUGCAUAGUUGACAAAUAAUGGAUUGUGUCUAUUCUUUAUUGAUAAGAAUAUAGACAACUAAUCCAACCAAACUAUUUAGCAAUUGAACUGUUGUGCUUACAGAUCAGAAAAAGUAUUUAUGUAAAUUAUUAUUUAUUAUAUCUUUUUAACAAUUUAAAAAUAUUAAGAAAUUUUAUUAUUUAUAUUUUAGUAUUUAUAUCAAAAAAUUUUUAAUAAUUGAAUGAUGAAGAAUUAAUGAACAUUAAAAAAAAAACAUUCAAAUAAAUUAUUUUGUUAUUAAUUCGUAAUGCAUAAUAGAUUUUUUAAAACUUUUUACAAAUAUUAUUAUUGUAUAAAUUUAAUAUAUUCAAAAAAAAAUAUUAAAAUAAAAAAUUUGUACUUUUGAACUGAUAAAUUAUAUUGAAAAGAGCUUAAAUAAUGCUAGUCAUGAAAUAUAUUUAUUCUUUUUAUAUGUAUAUAUAAUGUGUUAAUUAAUGUUCAUUUUUGUAGAGAUAUAUGUAUAUUCGUAUAUAUGUAAUAAAUUAUUGGAAAAUUAA